AUGGCAUUCGAACGAGCGACAGCAGUCCAACAGGUGGAUUCCCACACAUACGCAGCAGAUUUCAAGGACGAUUGGUGUAUAGGAGCAGUUCCACAUGGGGGGUAUGUCACUGCAACGGUGCAAAGAGCAGUCAAGAAACACUUCGAUACCACUCUCGCCAAGCAAGACCAACCACACACUCUUGCACUUCAUCUAGACUUCCUUCGCAGAACCCAAACAGGUCCUGUCAAGAUCUCCAUCCAAGAUGUCAAGCUCGGCCGACAGACGUCAGUCGUCCACAUCACACUCUCUCAAGAUGGGCGUGAAGAAGUUGUUGGCUACAUCACAAACUCCAACCUCUCGAAAGAAGUGGGCGUUUCCUUCGACACGCACUGGACAGCCCAUCCCGAGCGCAUACCGUUAACCUCCCCUCUCUCUGCCCUCGAAAAAGGCCAAGACCCAAAAUGGUCUGAACUCCACGAAUGGCCGAAUUCAGCUUUCAGAAAAGCCACGCGACAACUCCGAGCCUGGUUCCCCCGUGACGGUCAACCCAGACAAAACAUCUACGAUAUGUGGACAUGUCUCCGCGAUCCUUCCGAAACCUGGACGAACGAGAAACUCGGCUUCUUAGUCGACAUGUUCCCUCAAGUCUGCGAAACCUUCUACAGGAAAUUUACCAGAAAUCGUGUCCCGUUUUGGUAUCCGACUUUGCUGCUGAAUUUGGAAGUGAAAAAAGUUUUGCCCGAAGGAGGGGCGAAGUUUCUGUUUACGAGGUUGCAGACGAAGGUUAUUAGGAAUGGGAGGUAUGAUUUGGAGAUUAUUGUUAUGGAUGAGAAGGGUGAGAUGGUGGCGCUUAGUCAUCAUGUUUGUUUUGCGCUUUCGGCGGAGAGGAAUUCGGCGGGGAGGAAUGGGGGGAAGAAGGUGGUAGGGAAGUUGUAG